AUGUCCGAUCGAACGUUUUCUCUCGAAGAUCCACCUAACAAUGAUGAAUUGAAUAUAUCACCAACAAAUUUUCGACAAGAUCAAUCAUCACUUGAAUGUCGUCUUGAACAUAUUCCAUUUUAUUCAUGGAUUGAAUCAAAUUUAACAAUAUUACGUACGAAUCUUACACGGCGUGGUUUAAAUGAACAAGAUAUUAAUGAUAAAGAACAAACAAUAAUUAAUAAUUUAAAAACAUGUUUACAAGAAUUAAAUGGUAUUGAAAUAAAAGAAAAUGAUUUACUUCAAGAACGUAUACGAGCUAUAUUGGAUGAAUGUAUUCAUUUAAAUCGACUUCUUAAAUUAGAUUAUGCUAUUCAAAAAAUUGAAAAUGAAGAAUUACCAUUAUUUGAACAAUUAAAACAAGCUAAUAAUCUACUUGAAAAAAUUAAUGAAGUAUUGAAAAAAAAAUUAGAAGAAAUCAAUCAAUUAAGAUUACUUGAAGACAAAUUAUGUAAUAAAUUAGAUGAAAAACCAAUUGAAUUUAAUAGUGAGGUUGAUCAAAUGACUUAUGAUAAACGACAAGAAAUUCUUGAACAACAUAUACAAGAUUUACAAAAUUUACAGAACGAUCGUUCAUCAGCUAUUGAACAAGCACGUAAACAAAUUCAUGAAAUGAAAAUUGAACUUGACCUUGACAAUACUUAUAAUCAAUCAACCGAUAAUGAUCAAGGGCUUAGUCUUAUUGAUGGUCCUAUACAUCUAAUUGAAUUAUCGAAAACAAAUGUUCAAUAUUUACUGUCUAUUGCUCAUGAGCUUGAUACUUUAUAUCAAGCAAAUCGAACAAAAGCUGAACAUCUUGUUAAUAUGCUUAAUGCACUUUAUGAACGAUUAAAUUUAACCGAUUCAGACAAAUAUAUUAAAUUACCACUUGAUAAACCUCAUCGACCAGCAAAUCUUAUUCUAUUAGAAAAAGAAAUCGAUCGAUGUAAAGAAUUACGUCGACAAAAUAUGCGAACAUAUAUUGAAAAUAUUCGAGAUGAAAUAUUUGCUCAAUAUGAAAAAUGUUUUUAUGGUCGUGAACAAAUGGAAAGUUUUCUUCCAUUAUAUUCAAACGAAUUUACUGAAGAAGUAUUAGAAGAACAUGAAAAAGAAUUAGAAGAAAUCAAUAUGUAUUACAUUCAUAAUGAACAAUUAUUUGUUAAUCUUGCUAAUUGGCAUGAAGUUUGGGCUGAAUAUCGAGAAUUUCAACGUCAAGCAAGUGAUCCAGAUCGAUUUAAACGUCGAGGUUAUUCAGCUGUACAAGAAGAAAAACAACGUAAACAUUUAGAAUUUUCAUUAAAAAAACUUCAAGAUACUGUUCUACAACUUAGUAAAGAAUAUGAACAUGAAUUUGGAUAUCAAUUUCUAGUUGAAGGCGUUCCUGUACAAGAUUUUUUUAAUAAUGAAAAAGAAAAUUAUUCACAAGAAAAAGAACUUGAACGAGCACGAAAACAAUUAGCUCGUGGUCAAACACCAACAAUGACACAUGCACAAGCAAAUAUAAAACGAUUAGAAAUGAGUACUAAAACUCCUGGACGACAACAAACAAAUAUUGGCAAAGAAAGUGAAAUCAAAAUAACAACACCAUUUCGACCAACUAGUGGUAUUCAUAAACGUUAA